UUCCAUCACUGAAAGUAUCGUUGUCUGAUACAAUUUUAUUAGAUCUUCCGGAUGAGCACCCCACCAAGAUCCUGUUAUUGUUCGAAGAAAAUUUACUCUUUGUUGGCAUUUUGUUAUCAGAAACCUAAUGUGUCCUCCCCACGUGCAUUUGGAAUCGAACCACACCCCGAGGUAUUUAAAAGUUAAAACCUGUUGGAUCAUUCUUCCCAUCAUAUGGAGCUGAGCAGCGUAAUCUUGAUAAGUAUAUUAUUUAAUAAAAACAAGUAGGCAAUGCCGUCGGACCAGCGUGAGUCCGAAAUAUUCCUUAUUACGGUACCUCAAAUUCACAGAAGCGAGAACGCAGAGAGAGAGGCAAAAAUAACAUUCCAAUAUGUUUAAUCACUUAUCAAUAGGCGAGGCAAGUAAACAAAGUGAUGUAUGCCGGAUGGGUAGAAGAAGAGUGGAACGAAACGCCAAAUGAUAUGCAGUAUAUACAGAAAAAAAAUCGGAACAAGCUAACCAAACGGAACUGGGAAGAACACCAGUGAUAAUUGAAACGCAGUAAAUGGAGGUCGAAAAAAUAUGAUCAAUUCGAAAAGUACAGGUUGUUCUCAAAGUUUCUCACAGUUUGUGGUGCGCCACGAAGUGAUCAAGCUGUUGAUAGUUUGGUAGUUUUAUAUCUGUGACCAGCUGAUAGAAAAUUCUCAAGCAAACUGGUGUCACUUGUGUAGUAUGCGUGUGUAGUUCGUCCUCGUCGAAAGGACGGUGGGUGGACGGAAUCAACGACCAAGACGCAUUACAUGGAUAGCUAUCAAAAUCAAGUGAACGUUGACUGUUGAUGUGUAGAUCGGUAGAUCCGACAAGUAAACCGUAACAUCCCAGCUAGCAAGCACUACGCGUCAUCAGAGAUCGUAAAGCGGAAUAAAGUGAGUAAGUGUGGGGCGGAACCGCGUCGGAAAGUGUGUGUAAAGAUAAGAAUGAGCGAAUGAAGAAAAAAAAGCGGAAUAAAAUGAUAACGAGACUGAGGCAAGCGAAUAUAACAAUUAUAAUUCAUACAUGGAAAUGAAAAUUUUGAACGACCACCGCCGGACCGACCAGUAAACACUUGCCACCAGUCGGUGUAAUAUGUGCAGUUUUGGUGGGCGCAACCACCAAGUCGUUUUGCGGAUACUGUCGAUAUCAAGAAGAGGAAGUAGUGAUAUAUUGGCUCGGAAGUAGUGAUAGUUUCGCCUCUAAUGUGUAUCGACGGGAGCCAUUGUUAGCAAUAGCCUCCCUGUUACGAUUCGAGAGAUAAUGAAUGGGAUCACCUAUCUGUACAGAGCAUUACUGUUUCUACUGAGUCAGACUGUGCUGUCGCAACAGCUUUAUCAUAGCAAUUCUGUGGAAGAUAUGUUUGAGCAAGAUGUUCCAGCUCAGGAAGACAGCUAUGUCGUAGGGGUGGUCGAGUUCCGACCAGAACUACUUAACAUGGACAUACGACAGAGAACUGAGCUACACUUGGAUACAUAUGAACAGUUGAUUCGAUCUGAUAGCGCAAAGCUAGCUGACCUAAUUUUAUUCCCCGAGCUGACGCUUAACUCUCUAUCAGAUCCGGUUUACGUCCCGGAACCACAGGAAAAUCUCGUACCAUGUCGGACAGAUUCCCCUGAAUUAUUGUCCCGACUGUCCUGCCUAGCCGCCGAAGUACGCAAGUACAUUGUGAUAAAUUUGUCCGAGAUCUUUGAUUGUGAAUCCACCCCUGAGGAGGACCCCCGACCAUGCGGUCCGCAUGGUUUCCACAGGUAUAACACAGAUGUCGUGUUCGACCGCAACGGAGCUGUGAUAGCACGAUACCGUAAGUUCAAUCUAUUUCGAGAACCGGGUACCAAUACGACCCAUAUACCAGAGGUUGUGACGUUCGAGACUGACUUUGGAGUAACGUUCGGAGUGUUUACCUGCUUCGAUUUACUGUUUGCUCAACCGGCUUUGGAACUGAUUAAGAGGGACGUUAAGAAUUUCAUAUUUCCGGCGAUGUGGACUUCUGAGCCACCGUUCCUAACGGCUACCCAGAUCUACGAGAGCUGGGCGUACACAAACAAUGUAAACCUGAUCGCAUCUGGUACGAAUUACGAUCCGGCUGGAAGCACAGGAACGGGAGUGUUUAAUGGUCGCAAUGGCGCUAUUUUCUCCUUCAUAACCGGAGAACCAACAAGAACACUUUUCCCGGUUCGCGUACCAAAAAUUCCAAGCAAUCUGGUACCGAAUCUUAUCCCGACCCGAGCAGAGUCCGGAACCAUUUCAGGAAGACUGCACGGAAAACUUCUCGAGACCAUUCGCAUGGGUCGCGAUGUGCUAGAGAUAUUUACUACAAUGCAAAUCAAUCCGGAGCAGUAUCAUGACAAAAUCGGGCAAAUAAUUUGCAACGGAGACUUCUGUUGUGAUUUCAGUGCGACGUUGACCAUUCUUCCGGACCGGGACAUAACCCAUUACUAUCGGUUUGCCGUUUACGAUGGAGUUCGAACGUUUCAGGGUUACGCCGAUGCACACGUUUCUACGUGUGGUAUCAUUACGUGUCGAAACACUUCACUGGCUAGCUGUGGACUGCCGAUGAACGAAAACUCCAACUAUUUGGAAUUCAACGAAAUUGCGAUUUCGGGAAAGUUCAUUGCCAAUGGUACGCUGGUAAUGCCAAAUUCGCUGGACGACAUGCUUCACUCGCUGGACGUCGAUCAGUAUCAGUUUUAUUCGAGCGUUAACUAUUCAACGAAUUAUCAGCAGGUGCAACUUACGCUUUCAACCACGGUAGCCAAUUUGCAAACGUUCGCUAUAUAUGCUUUCAAUCACAAAAACUUCGAGUUUUUCAACCCAAUCGAACCACCUCCAGAGGAAACUACAACGUACACCAGCACCGAAAUUACCGGUGAAUACGAUGGGGGUGGUAGUGAUUAUACUGCCUCGAUGUCCAACAUUCUCAUUCUAGUGCUGCUGGCGGGCUCGGCAGUACUACUUUAGGUCCAUCGGAUCCAACGAUCCCGGUUAGCUCAGUAUUUCCGUAGAAAAUGCUCAAAGUGUUUGUUGUAAAUAGAUGCUAUGGAGCUCAGAGAGAGUAUGAGUUUAGAAUAAAUCAAUCGCAUGCCAAAAUAUUCUAAUUGUAAAUUGUUGACCAAAGGCUGGUUACGAAUGUUGUGUACAUAUUAGAAAUUAUUUGAAUUAUGGUGUAAGUUACCAAUGUUUAGCAUUCAUAAAAAAAAGUAUAUGUAAUCAGCAAGCGGUCCUAAAAAUAGAAAUAUAAAUGGAAAUAAU